CAGGUUCCGCUCUGCUGGACGCAUCGAAGUGCAACCGCUCUCCGUCCCUUUAAUCCCCGCUGACAUGAACAAAAACUUCACCAUGGAGAAGCUCCUGGAAAACCUCAACACCGUACUCCAGGCCAUCAACAAGACACUGAACAAUCAGCCGUGCCAGCCGGACGAGCACCACAACGUCACCGGCUUCAAAGUGGAAAAACCCAACAAGGACGACAACGCCUACAUCUUCAUUAUCUUCGUCAUGUUCCUCUUUGCCGUGACCGUGGGCAGUUUGAUACUCGGGUACACGAGGUCUAAGACCGUGGACAAACGCAGUGACCCCUACCACGUCUACAUCAAAAACAGUCGAGUUUCAGUUAUAUGAAGGGAGUUGGAAGGUUUGCAGAACGUCUUAGGAGCUCCUAUGAGGUCCUCAUUUGUGGUGUUUGGGUUGAUAUCACAAAGCCGCCAUGAGGAUCAAAGGCUCGGCCUGGU